CGGGGCCAGCCUCCGCGCACGCGCGGUAGCAGCGCCGGCGCCGCCGCCUGCCGGGAGCUCCAGUGCUGAGGCGGGGAAGCGGCUGUAGAGGCUGCCCGGACCCGCUGUCCGCCAGGCCGUUGGCUCCCGCUCCGGGCCCGGGGCCACCGGCUGUGGACUUCACCAUGAGCGUCCCUGACUACAUGCAGUGCGCGGAGGACCACCAGACCCUGCUCGUGGUGGUCCAGCCCGUGGGCAUCGUCUCCGAGGAGAACUUCUUCAGGAUCUACAGGAGGAUCUCGUCCGUGAGUCAGGUCAGCGUGCGGGACUCCCAGCGCGUGCUCUACAUCCGCUAUCGGCACCACUACCCGCCCGAGAACAACGAGUGGGGCGACUUCCAGACCCACCGCAAAGCGGUCGGCCUCAUCACCAUCACCGACUGCUUCUCAGCCAAGGACUGGCCGCAGACCUUCGAGAAGUUCCACGUGCAGAAGGAGAUCUAUGGCUCCACGCUGUACGACUCCCGGCUCUUUGUCUUCGGGCUGCAGGGGGAGGUGGCUGAGCAGCCACGCACCGACGUGGCCUUCUACCCCAGCUACGAGGCCUGCGAGAGCGUGGAGAAGAGGAUCGAGGACUUCAUCGAGUCGCUCUUCAUUGUCCUUGAGUCCAAGCGGCUGGAUAGAGCCACCGACAAGUCUGGGGACAAGAUCCCCCUCCUCUGCGUCCCCUUUGAGAAAAAGGACUUUGUGGGGCUGGACACAGACAGCAGGCAUUAUAAGAAGCGGUGCCAGGGGCGCAUGCGGAAGCACGUGGGGGACCUGUGCCUGCAGGCCGGGAUGCUGCAGGAUGCCUUGGUGCACUACCACAUGGCCGUGGAGCUGCUGCGCUCCGUCAACGACUUCCUGUGGCUUGGAGCUGCCCUGGAAGGACUGUGCUCAGCUUCUGUCAUCUCGCACUAUCCUGGCGGAACCGGUGGUAAGACCGGAGCCCGAAGGCUCCUUGGUAGCUCCCUUCCCGCGGAAGCAGCCAACAGACACCGGCCAGGCGCCCUCACCACCAAUGGCAUAAAUCCCGACACCAGCACUGAAAUUGGACGUGCGAAGAACUGUCUUAGCCCUGAAGACAUCAUUGACAGAUACAAAGAGGCCAUUUCCUAUUACAGCAAGUACAAGAACGCCGGGGUGAUCGAGCUGGAGGCGUGUGUCAAAGCUGUGCGCGUCCUUGCCAUUCAGAAGCGGAGCAUGGAGGCCUCGGAGUUCCUGCAGAACGCAGUCUACAUCAACCUCCGGCAGCUUUCAGAAGAAGAAAAAAUCCAGCGCUACAGCAUCCUGUCCGAGCUCUACGAGCUCAUCGGCUUCCACCGCAAGUCGGCCUUCUUCAAGCGUGUGGCUGCCAUGCAGUGUGUGGCCCCCAGCAUCUCGGAGCCUGGCUGGAGGGCGUGCUACAAGCUCCUGCUGGAGACGCUGCCCGGCUACAGUCUCUCGCUGGAUCCCAACGACUUCAACAGAGGCACGCACAGGGGCUGGGCUGCCGUCCAGAUGCGUUUGCUGCACGAGCUGGUCUAUGCCUCCCGACGGAUGGGGAACCCUGCUCUGUCCGUGAGGCACCUGUCCUUCCUCCUGCAGACCAUGCUGGACUUCCUGUCCGACCAAGAGAAGAAAGAUGUGACUCAGAGCCUGGAGAACUACACCUCCAAGUGUCCUGGGACCAUGGAGCCCAUCACCCUCCCGGAUGGCCUCACCCUGCCCCCUGUGCCCUUCACCAAGCUCCCCAUUGUCAGGCGCGUGAAGCUGUUGAACCUCCCCGCCAGCCUCCGGCCACAGAAAAUGAAGAGCGCGCUGGGUCAGAACGUGUCGGCCAAGAGCCCCUUCAUCUACUCGCCGAUCAUCGCGCACAACCGCGGGGAAGAGCGCAACAAGAAGAUAGAUUUCCAGUGGGUUCAAGGGGACGUGUGUGAAGUCCAGCUGAUGGUGUACAACCCCAUGCCGUUUGAGCUCCGAGUGGAGAACAUGGGGCUGCUGACCAGCGGAGUGGAGUUCGAGUCGCUCCCCGCAGCGCUCUCCCUUCCGGCCGAGUCUGGUCUGUACCCGGUGACACUCGUGGGGGUCCCGCAGACGACUGGAACGAUCACCGUGAACGGUUACCACGCCACCGUCUUUGGUGUUGUCAGUGACUGCCUGCUGGACCACCUCCCGGGAAUAAAGACCAGCGGCUCUACCGUGGAAGUCAUCCCCGCUUUGCCAAGACUGCAGAUCAGCACCUCCCUGCCCAGAUCGGCACACUCGUUGCAGCCUUCCUCUGGUGACGAGAUAUCUACCAACGUGUCUAUGCAGCUGUUCAACGGGGAGACGCAGCAGCUCGUCGUCACCUUAGAAAACAUUGGCCUGGAACCCCUGGAGACACUGGAGGUCACCUCCAAACUGCUCCCCACCAAGGAGAAACUGUACGGCGACUUCCUGAGCUGGAAGCUGGAAGAAACCCUCGCCCAGUUCCCCCUGCAGCCUGGGCAGGCGGCCACCUUCACUGUCACCAUCAAAGCGAGCCUGGACUUCUCCUGCCAGGAGGGUCUCCUGCAGGACCUGAGUGACGAUGGGAUCAGCGUGAGCGGCUUCCCCCUGUCCAGCCCCUUCCGACAGGUCGUGAGGCCACGAGCGGAGGGCAAGCCUGCGAACCCCACUGAAGGCGGCAGAGCGGGGGACCCGGGCCAUGGCCACGGGAAGACCCUGGAAGCCAUCCUGAAUUUCAAGUACUCCGGCGGCCCGGGCCACGUGGAAGGGUACUACAGGAACCUCGCGCUGGGGCUGCACGUGCAGGUGGAGCCAUCCGUGUUUUUCACCCGCGUCAGCACUCUCCCAGCCACCAGCACCCGACAGUGCCACCUGCUCUUGGAUGUCUUCAACUCCACGGAGCAGGAGCUGACGGUUAGUGCCCGGAGCAAUGAGGAGCUCGUCCUGCGUGCCGGCGAGUGCCAGCGAAUGGCUAUUCAAGUGGACAAGUUCAGCUUCGAGAGCGUCCCCGAGUCCCCUGGGGAGAAGGGGCAGUUUGCAAACCCCAAGCAGCUGGCAGAGGAGCGGCAGGAGGCCCGCGGCUUGGAGAUCAGCAGCAGGCUGGACAUCCACUGGUCCCACCCCUCCCUGAAGCGCGGCGGCGAGGCCAGCGUGGAGGGCGUGCUGAGCCAGCUGGUCCUGGAGCAGCUGCAGCUGGCGCCUCUGCAGUGGGGAGGGAUGUCAGGCAAGUGUUUUGAGGAUGAAGAGUUACCGUCGCUGGAGAAUCUGGCCUGUGUCCUCGGUGGAGCAUCCCUGGGAGCCAGGUGGGAGGAACGCAGGCUUCGCUUUGGCACAUGGGCCACGGGAAAGGCCGGCACAGGUUCACACAGGAACCUGCGUGUGGACGCUUGUGGACGCUUGUGGCGGCAUUGGUCAGAUAGCCAGGACGUGCAAACAGCACCCCUGCAAUGCAUCAGGACGAGUGCCCCGGGUGUGUACAACAGGGAGAACAUAGCCGAGCGGGACGAUGUAGCCGUGACGCGCGCUCAGACACGGCUGUGCUGCACGAAUCCCGUGCAGGCAGGAAGCAGCUGACACAGGAGGCCACGUGGUGCUGCGCGCACCCAGGGUGCUCCAGCCACAGCGAUGGGGGGCAUGCCUGCUGUGGAGGGGGUUAAACCGUGCCGGUGGCUGCGCUGCUCUGCCUGUGCUGCGAGCCAGCCGGGCUGGGGACUCCAGUGGGUGACCUGAGCAGAUAUCAGUGUGAGGAGUCCUUAAAGCUUCCACAGAAUGGCGUGUCUCAUGAAAAAACCGUGCAUCAGUUUCAGAAUUGCUGGCUUCAGAAUGAACGUCUUUUGAUUCUACUUCCCAUGGGCUUUUUGAAGUUCCCCCAUGUAUCUCAUUAAAAGUAAAAAUAACCUUUUUUUUUUUUAAAUAAAAAGGCAAUGCCCACUCCUGCCUCUCUGUGACCCUUGUACUCCGUGUGCCCAGCCCAGCCCCUGAGACUUCCCCGCGUCUCGCCCUCCUGUGACCCCAGCUGUGGGCACGCCUGCCACCUCGGCUGUGGCGUCCCCUGCCUGAGCGUGAGAAGUACAGCCCCUCAGAGAGGAAGUUAGUACUGGGUUCCGGACUCCAGGACCCGCCUGUCAAGUGCCUGGACUUGGCUCCUCCCCCCAGGCUUCACGGAGCACAGUCCACCUCUGUGUAUGUGGGCAGAGCCAGAGCCCUCGCUGGUGCCAUCGGCCCUCGACGGGGUCUCCCUCGACCUCCCAGCCCCACCUGCCGCUGCUCGGUCAGUACUGUAUCCAGGCUGCUGGUGAGGGUCAGGUCUAGUGCCGUCCCCUGGGCUGCCUUGCAGUUGUGUGCUGGUGACGGAGAAAGAGCACACGGGUGCAGCUCGCACAGGGCCUGCUUGUCUGGGGGACUCUGGGAGCAAGGAGGCGUCGCUCAUCAGCUUGCCAGCUGGCCACGGGAGGGGCUGAGCAAUGUCCACCUUGUGCCUUGAACUUCAGAGACUUGGGAAUUCGAGGGUUCUGGGCUGUGAGUCCAGAGAGGCCCAGACAGCUAUGGCCUCAGCAUCAGCGGAGACUGCCAGGGCCCUGACACCUUGGCUGUGCUUUCUGGCCCUCGUCCCACUGCGGGACUCCAGCUCUCAAUGUUGGAGACCUUGACUCCCAAGCUUCCCCCCCUUUCCUGGGCAGCCUGAGCCCCUCACGGGGUGGGAGGCUGAUCCGAAUGGGGUUGUCAUUGGGGGCAGCCGCCUUCCUCCACUCAGGGACCCCAUCAGCUGUGACAGCUCUGAGCGGGGCACCAGCGAGAGCUCUGUGGCCACGGCUCACGGAGGCUCUGGCCCUUUCCAAGGCCAAGUGGGAAGAAGGCUCCCCCAGUGUCUGCGGCCUCCUCUCACCCUGGAGAAGCUGCUCAGCUGCCCCUGCAUGAGGAGCGGGAUCCUGGCAGGAGAGAGGCCCUUUGGGCGAUUGUCGGGGAGCUUGGCUGCACCCACAGACCCUGAGUCGGGCCAGUUAGGCAGCCAAGGAUGACCCGGGACGGGGUGUUUCAGAGAGGGGAUUCAGGAGGGUGGAGGGGGGCUGCUGGAAGCACAGGUGAGGCCACCCCCCGAGCCGUGUGACUCAGGUGUGUCUGUAGCCCGUGUCUGCUUCCCUUCCACUCUGAUCUUCCUGCUUCUGUUAGGGUCUCCCAAGAUCCCUGGGUCACUCCCUCUGAGGCCCACGUGGGGACGUCCUGGUGGCCCAGACCAUGAACCUACAUUGGGACAGAAGAGGGAUAAGAAGCCCCCUCUGCCGGUAGCCACUGUUCCACCCAGUCGGGACGUGGGCAGGAGUAGACCCUGCAUGUCCGUCUGCAGCUCCACUGGGUUGCAGGUGGUCACGUCCCCACCCCGAGCCCUGGCUUCUUUACUGAUGGACCGGGAGUCAAAAGUGCAGGUGACACAGCGGUCACCUUCACCAGCUACCCCGCUGGCUGCGUGGGGAGCAGGUGCCUCACCUGGGCUCCUGCCUCCAGGGCCCCGACUUGAAGGCCCCUCCCUGGGGCAGGGAAUAAGUGAGUUCAGGUGUGCAACACGGGGUGGGGUGCUGCUGACUGAGGGUGGGCAUGGCAGGGCUGUCGGGGAUGACCCUGGACCCCAGCUCUUCUGCUCCCAGCUGCAAGGACGGGUGGGGGCCUUGGCCCGGCCGAAGUUCAUAGCCCCCUCCUGUGAAGUGCAGGCUGGGGAGGAGUGGGCAGCACCCGGAGCGCCCCCUGUGCAAGGCUUGGCGGGGCCUUGCUGCCUGGGCAGGUGGUGAGCCCCACCGGACGCUCCGGUGGCACAUGUGGAUGUCCCUUACUGCUGGUUACUGCCAGAGGGACUGAAAUAAAACCCUGUGGCAGCCUGGUGCUCCUGGGAGAGUAGAGAGCUGAGUGGCAGGUCCUGAGCACAGGGGCCAGAGAGAACUAGGCCCCCUGCCCCGCUGCCUGAGGUCUGUGCAACGUGCCCUUGGAGGCAGGUGGGUGUGAAGCUCUUUGGAAAACCUUCUGCCAGCAAAUUGGGAAGGAAAUGGGCUUCUGCUUUCAGUCUACGAGGUGCUUGUUCCUGGGCUGACCCCUAAGAAGGGAUGGCCCUUCAGCUGCAUCUGGAACCUUGUGUCAGUGUGUGGGGGACUGAGGGCUAUCCAAGACCAUGGCUGCUGGCCUGACCAGGUGCCCUGUACCAAGAAAUGGAGAGACCAGACCCGAGGUCUGCUUUGCAGGUGCACUGUGUGGAGAUGGGCCCCUCCUGGGCCACGUGGCUGUGCUGCUGGUGCUGUGUGGUGGCAGCAGAGACAGGAACACUUUCAGCACCGGUCCUAGGGACAGUGGAGUUGGUCUCCACACACUGGGCUGGAGGGCAGGGGCAGGCUAUGGGACUGGCUGCUCUCAAGUUUGCCUCCCAACAUUGCCUUCCUGAGUGGGUGCAAAGCUUAGGUGACAGCCAGCAAGGGGCCCUGGCAACACACACAAUGAAGACACAUGCACAGACAACAUACACAGACACACAUGCACAAUGCAGACACACAGACAACACACACACAAUGCAGACACAUGCACAGACAACACACACAGAUACAACACACAUGCACAGUGCAGACACAGACAACAGACAACACACACGCACAAUGCAAGCAUACAGACAACACACACACAAUACAGACACAUGCACAGACAACACACACAGAUACAACACACAUGCACAGUGCAGACACAGACAACACACACGCACAAUGCAAGCAUACUGACAACACACACAGAUACAACACAUGCACAGACAACACACACAGAUACAACACACAUGCACAGACAACACACACAGAUACAACACACA